GGCAUGCUUCUGCUGACAAGAAUGUCACUCAUGAAGGUGGGGAAUAAGUGGGGACAGAGUUACAGCAAAGGCAUCUUCAUCUUGCAGCCCCCUCGCUCUUUUCACACUGAACCGUCUGACACUUUUUGGCCGAGGACGUGCACACUCUCAGUUGCCAAGAGAACAUAGUCAGGUGGUUGAAGACACAUGAGACCAGUCUAAGGAGCGAGAGAGAAGCUCAGCUGGCACACAGCACAAGCAACAUAAAGUUUUGUCCCUGCUAAUUAGCACAAUCCUAGAGUAUCUGCAGCUAGCAUUAUACACCAGAAUCAAAGAAGAGCAGGACUGUUUGCAGCCUCUCAAGAUUUAAAGCUGGUUAAAUGGCUUCCGGUGCUAAAACAAAGACUUUGCCGCUGGCAUCAGAUAUCUCUAAAAUGGCUCCUAUGAUCUGUUUGGCGCUGUACAGUUUAAAACACAACAUGGAUAGCGUAUUGUUCAUGUCACCUCUCUCCACUCACCACAUGCCAGCCUUUCUGUUGUGGUUGAAUAUGGCUUAUUGCUAUUUUUAAUAGCUGCUUGACGGCUGUGUGGUUCUAAGGACCACUUAUUUUUGAGGUUUCAGGAACAGGUGAAUCGGCAAGCAAGGCAAGAUGCAGUCCAGCUGGCCAUCCUAUGAGUUUGACCCAAGCCAAAUCCGCUUGAUCGUUUACCAGGACUGCGAGAAGCGGGGACGAAAUGUCUUGUUUGACUCAAGUGCCAAGCGUAAGACAGAGGAACUGUCUGUGUCGAAACUUGUGAGUGACGCUCCAGUGAGGGUGUUUGGGACAUGGUGCCAGCUAAGACCUGGAGGAGACAGCUCAACGUCUUUGGACAGUUCAGCUAAUUCUCUGGCUUCUGACACAAAGGAACAAUGCCCAAAAUACCAGAGCUCUCGAUGCUCCUCAGACGCCAAUAUGCUUGGAGAGAUGAUGUUUGGGUCUGUGGCCAUGAGUUACAAAGGCUCCACUCUGAAAAUUCACCAGAUACGCUUACCUCCUCAGCUGAUGCUAAGCAAAGUGUUCACUGCACGGACUGGGAGCAGCAUCUACGGAAGUCUUAACACACUGCAAGACAGCCUUGAGUACAUAAGCCACGACAACAACACGCUGAAGGUCGAGAACAACAGCAUCGUGAACGGACUUCUCGGAAAUAUAGGUCUGUCUCAGCUCUGCAGCCCCAGGCGGGCGUUCUCAGAGCAGGGUCCGCUUCGCCUCAUCAGGAGUGCUUCUUUCUUUGCAGUCCAUAGCAACCCGAUGGACAUGCCAGGCCGAGGCUUCAAUGAUGACCGAGAUAGUGGCAUAGCAAGAUCUGCUUCUCUCAGCAGUCUCCUCAUCACACCGUUUCCUUCCCCAAGCUCAUCGCUCAAUAGCAGUUGUGCCAGCAGCUACCAGCGACGCUGGCGUCGUAGCCAAACCACCAGUUUGGAGAAUGGGGUCUUCCCUCGAUGGUCUAUAGAGGAAAGCUUUAACAUGUCAGAUGAAAGCGGUGGGCCCAACCUGGGUGUUGCCCGGAAAAAGAAGAUCGCUAUUGGUGUCAUCUUCUCCUUAUCAAAGGAUGAGGAGGAAACCAACAAGUUCCAUGAGUUCUUCUUUUCCCACUUCCCUCUGUUUGAGAGUCACAUGAACAAGCUGAAAAGCGCCAUAGAGCAGGCGAUGAAAAUGAGCCGUAGAUCAGCAGAUGCCAGCCAGAGAAGUUUAGCGUACAACAAAAUUGUGGAGGCCCUGAAUGAGUUCCGGACAACGAUCUGUAACCUGUACACUAUGCCCAGAAUAUCCGAACCUGUUUGGCUGACGAUGAUGUCUGGAUCACCGGAAAAAAAUCACCUUUGCCAACGCUUUAUGAAGGAGUUCGCAUUCCUGAUGGAAUACACAUCGAAAAACCAGUUCCUCCCAGCUCUCCUCACUGCUGUCCUCACAAACCACCUGGCAUGGGUUCCUACGGUUAUGCCCAAUGGACAGCCACCUAUUAAAAUCUUUUUUGAAAAGCACUCCUCACAAAGUGUGGACAUGUUGGCAAAAACUCACCCAUACAACCCACUGUGGGCACAGCUUGGAGACUUAUAUGGAGCUAUUGGGUCUCCUGUACGGUCAUCAAGGACGGUUGUUAUAGGCAAGCGACAAGAUCUUGUACACAGGUUGCUUUAUUUUCUCACCUAUUUUAUCCGGUGUUCUGAACUCCAAGAGACCCACCUUCUGGAGAGCAGUGAGGAUGAAGCCAUUGUUAUGCCUGGCACAGUUAUCACCACAAUGCUGCAAAAAGGAGAAGUGGAAGAGACUGACUAUGUGCUAAUCACAAUGCACAAGAACAAGGGUUGUUUGUUGAACAAUGAUUCAGAUGAAACACGAUCUUCAGAAAAUAGGUGUCCCUGCUGCCAUUGCCCCGUGAUGGAUCCAAACUUAAAGGAAGAUUUGGCACAAGAAAAGGAUGUAAAUAGUGCACUGAAGGAGUCCCCAGAGGCAAGUACUGAUGGAACCCAGAUAGGUUCUCUAACACCCAGGCGAGAAGAAACUGGUUAUGCUGAAGUCUACAAAGAUAAAUUAAGAACUUGCUUGGAUACCAAGAUAGAGACUGUCAUUAAUGUUGGGGCAGCUCCAAUAGACAAAUGUGUCUUGGCAGUCGGAAGCCUUGAGCCAUCAGUACAAGUGGAGGGAAAAGAGGACCUGCAGGAUGACAGCUCCUCACUCAAAGGGAUGAAAACAAAUGAAAAUUGUAUAGAGAAAAAACCUCCUGACAAGACCCUGUCUCCAGCAAUGCCUUGUGGUGCUGGUAACUUUCUGAACAAGGUAAAGUUUCAGAUUGGUGAUUCUAUGUCACCGGACUCUGAUAUAGUGAUAAAAAGCCAACAUGUAGUGGAUCAAAUCCAGAAGCACCAUGUGAAACCAGCGCAGGAACAGAGGACACUUACUGUUGACAAGAUCAGUGUAGCAAAACUGAAUCCAAAGGACCAAAAAUCUGGUGGGUUAUGUGAGAAGCUUCCCAGGGUGGCAACCAAACUCCAGAACUGUAAUCCUUUUCUUUCAGAGAACAUUAGUAUGUUUGAUGAGUAUUUUCCAGAAGAUGGUUCUAUUGAGGCAAAGAUCAUUGAUGAUAUUCCAAGAGGAGGGGUAAACAAAUCUGAUGCUUGUGACUUGGGGGGCUCAAAUAAACUGUGUGUAGCAGAUGAACCACCUUCUAACGUAAGGAGUUCUAUUCUUCCGAACUUAUGCAAAAACUGUUUUGCUGAGCAGGACCAAAGAGACAAAGUCUCUAUAUCUGUCCCCCAUGGGGAUAAAGAAAAGUCUGAAAGUAAAGUUGCACUGAGCGCUGACUGGGACAUUCCGAGGAACGAGAGUUCAGACAGUGCCCUGGGUGACAGCGAGAGUGAGGACACAGGCCAUGAGCUUCUUGCACCAAGUAUCAACUACUAUGGAUCAGAGCAAGAAGACUGGAUGGAAGAAGAGGAAAUUCCUUUCCCAGGGUCAAAACUGGUGGACGUCAGUUCUGUCAAGCCCAACAUUGCAAACUUUGGGAGAUCUUUGUUAGCAGGGUACUGCUCAUCCUACGUACCGGACUUUGUUCUGCAAGGAAUAGGAAGUGAGGAGAAGCUGAGGCAGUGCCUGAUGUCUGACUUGUCUCACGCUGUACAGCAUCCAGUUCUGGAUGAGCCCAUUGCAGAGGCUGUUUGCAUUCUUGCAGACGUGGAUAAGUGGUCGGUACAAUUGGCCAGUAGCCAGAGACGGACAACAGAUAACAAGCUUGGCAAGGAGGUGCUGGUAUCCAGCCUGGUCUCCAGCCUACUUCAUUCCACUCUCCAGCUCUACAGACACAAUUUGUCAGCAAACUUCUGCAUCAUGCAUCUUGAAGACCGACUGCAGGAGCUCUACUUCAAGAGCAGAAUGCUUUCUGAUUAUCUGAAAGGACAAACCAGAGUCCAUGUUAAGGAGCUCAGCAUGGUGCUAGGAAUCGAAUCUAGUGAUCUUCCUUUGCUUGCCGCUGUUGCUAGUACCCACUCUCCAUACGUUGCACAGAUCCUUCUAUAAAGGGAAUCCAUGAACUUAACCCUGCAUCCGGAAAAGCAAUAGGAGGACAAUGUCUUACUAGCAGUAUUUGGUAAUGGCAACCAAGCAGACACUAUGAGCUGUGUAGAAAGAAUCCCAUCGGAUUUAAUUGAAGAUAAUCACAGGAGAUUCUGUCCGCUUACAUGCUGGGAGUCCUAAUGUAGAAGAAACAGAACUGUAAGGGUUGAAUAAAGAAAAGUCUACUCAUU